AUGGGGAAGCCCGUCGAUGUCGAGCUCGGCGGCGCGGGAGGCCUCGCGAUCGCCGGCGGAGGAGGAGGAGGGGGAGGGUGGGGGUGCGGCUUCGCCGGCGCGGUCGGCCGCUCCGUCUCGUUCCGGUGCGUCUUCGUGCUCGCGCUCGCUGUCGGGGUCCUCGUCCCGGCGCUGUUCCUCCUCCUGCCCUCCCGCCCCAAGGGUUACCUCUCCAGCGACCCCGACGUUCUCGCCGCUGAAAUCCAGGUUGGUUUCACGUUGGAAAAGCCAGUAUCGUUCCUCGCUGCUCACAUGGACAGAAUAGGGAGUGACAUAUUUGAAGAGAUUGGUGUACCUAAUAGCAAGGUUUCCAUUGUUUCGAUGCACUCUUUAGCUUCUAAAUACUCCACGCGUGUGGUUUUUGGUGUUCUUCCUUAUCCAAAAGAUGCUUCAAUAAGUUUGCCGGCCCUUAGUGUACUGAGGUCAUCCUUAAUAGGGAUGAUGCUGAAGCAGCUGAACCUAUCCUUGACACCAUCAAUUUUUGGUUAUCCAUCUUCCAUCGAGUUGUUGGGAUUCCCUGGAGGAAUUACUGUUGUUCCUGCGCAAUCUGGUUCUGUAUGGGCAAGCACAGACCCACUAUUCAACUUUGUGCUGAACAACUCCAUUGGUCAGAUCUUGGGUAAUCUUACAGAGCUAAAAAAUCAAUUGGAAUUUGGAUUGAACUUGAGGUCCUAUGAGAGAAUAUACUUGCAGUUCAGGAAUGAAAUUGGUUCUUCAGUUGAAGCCCCAGCAACUAUUGAGGCAUCGGUGUUAGAUGGGACUAGUAUUCUGUUGCCAUAUAGAUUGAAACAACUAGCUGAGCUAAUCAAAGAACCUGACGCGAGGAACCUUGGGCUUAAUCACUCUGUAUUUGGUAAGGUAAAAGGAGUUCAGCUGUCAUCGUAUCUGCAACACUCAAUCUCAUAUUUAUCUCCUAGUCCAGCUCCUUCACCAUCUCCAUAUCCAUCCCCCUCUCCAUCACCUUCUACAAGUGUACCACCAUCUUUGUCACCAUCUGGGAGUGUCCCGUACCUUGCACCCCCAACCUCUAGUCCCUCCCCUCGGGCUUCUCCCCCUUUACCAAACCACCCCCCUUGUUUUCCAUGUUCUGACUGUAACCCCUUUCCUCCAGCUGGUAGGCCAAUGUUAAAACCACCCUGCUUUGGUAGUGGCCCUAAGCUGCCUCCAUUUGUGCAUUCACCACAGCCAUCUGCUGUUCCAUCCCCCCCAGUUCAUAAACCAUACCUUCCUCCAGCAUUUCCACCAAUCCCUGGCCGUGUAGAUCCUCCCCAUCCCUUACCAUCCCCCAAUCAUGUACCAAACGCAGUCCCUGGACCAACUUAUCAAAUGAUGCCGAUACCUUCACCCCCAGUGCCUCAUUUUCGACAUUCCAUUCCUCCACGGAAGAAACGAAGUGGCACAACAACCAAGUCUCCUCCAAUUGCUCCAUCUCCGUAUUCUCUCCUCCAUUCCUGA